AUGAGUGCAGUCGUCCGAUUACUCGCCGGCAAGACGGCUGCAAUCACAGGCGGUACCACAGGAAUCGGACGAGCCAUCACCCUUGAGUACCUCCGCCAAGGCGCAAAUGUAGCCGUCAACCAUCUUGGUCUCGCCAAGGAUGAACCAUUUCGCCAAAGUCUUCUCGACGAGGCCAAGCGUCUGAGCAGGGAGGCGCCUGAAGGAGCACCAACUGGGGAGCUUCUAGAAAUUGCUGGAGACGUGACGGAUCCAGCGACGGGGAAGGCUCUGGUUACAGAGGCAGUCAAGAAAUGGGGAGCUUUGGACGUGUUUGUUGCGAAUGCUGGCAUCUUCAAGGCCAGCGAGUUUCUCGACAUCGAGAAGGAUACGUUUGAUAAUUCCAUGAAAGUCAACGUCAACGGUGCCUUUUACGCGUGCCAGGCCGCAGCUCGACAAAUGGUCAAGCAGGGCAAAGGGGGUUCCAUCAUCGGCAUCUCGUCCAUCAGCGCACUUGUCGGCGGUGGGCUCCAAGUCCAUUACACACCGACCAAGGCUGCUCUCUUGUCCAUGACCCAGUCCAUGGCCAUUGCUCUAGCCAAGGACAAGAUCAGAGUCAAUGCCCUCCUUCCUGGCACGAUCCACACACAAUUGGCUGAUGCCGAUAUGGCCAACGAGGAGAAGCGCAAGUACUUAGAGCAUCGCAUUCCGUGGGGUCGCGUUGGCAAGCCCGAGGAUUUGGCCGGGCCGGCUGUGUUUUUGGCUUGUGAUAAGAUGAGUGGUUUUGUUACCGGGGCACAACUACUUGUAGAUGGCGGAAUGUAUGUACAUCUUCAAUAA